CCUAUCCAACACUUCUCCCUCCUGCUCCCGCAACAGUCUCUCUCUUUUUUUUUUGUAGCCAAAGUAGCUCAGUGAACGAUCCACCGCAGAGCCUGGGACAGACUGAGUGAAGAGGGAGUGAAGAGGGAUUUGUGGGAUGGGCAUGGGGGCUUAAGGGGUAAAAAUGCAGAUGAGUGAGGGAGAGUGAGAGAAGGGGAGAAAAGGGCAGAAAGAGGGGGAGAGAGACAGAAUCCCAAAUCCAGCAAGCCUCUCUGCUGUGGGGUCUCUUGGCUACUGACGUGUGCGCACGACUCGCAUGGCACUAUGAGUUCGUGCAGCAGCCGUGCGUUGACUAUCCUGUCCACAGUGUUUGGAGCCUGUGGGCUGCUGCUGGUGGGGGUGGCGGUGUCCACAGACUACUGGCUCAUAAUGGUGGAGGGCAUCAUCCUGCAGCAGAACCACAGCAUGGAGGUGAAGAUGGCCCUGCACUCGGGCCUUUGGAGGGUCUGCUUUGUGGCAGGAGCAGAGAACGGGAGAUGUGUUGCAUCAGAGUACUUCACUGAACCUGAUAUAGAGAUCACCACUGAAAACACAGCAAAUAUCCUGAAGAUGGUUCGGACGGCCACGCCUUUCCCAAUGGUGUCGCUGCUCUUCGUCUUCACCGCCUUUGUCAUCAGCAACAUCGGACACAUCCGGCCUCAGCGCACCAUCCUGGCCUUUGUGUCAGGCAUCUUCUUCAUCCUCUCAGGCCUCAGUCUGGUGGUGGGCCUUGUGCUCUACAUCUCCAGUAUUAAUGAUGAGGUGAUGAACCGGCCCAGGGAGCCCGAGCAGUUCUUCAAUUACUACUACGGCUGGUCGUUCGCCUUUGCUGCCUCUUCCUUCUUACUCAAAGAGGGGGCUGGGGUGUUGUCAGUCUAUCUGUUCAUGAAGCGCUAUGCAGAGGAAGAGAUGUACCGGCCCCACCCCGCCAUCUACCGCCCCCGCCUGUCUGAGAGCAGCGACUAUAGCGGUCAGUACCUCCACCCAGAGUCCUCUUGGCCUCCGCCGAAGAGAGGCCGCAGCACCUCUGAGGCCUCCAGUGACAUCUCCAUCCAGCUUAAUCAGACCCCCCCGGCCCCGCCAAAGAGCAGUCUCCAAGUAGGUGGCCCGGGGAGCCCACCCUCUGUUUCCUCUUCUGCAGGGAGCUACCAGAUGCAAGCGCAGUCUAUGGGCUACCCCCCCACACACACCCUGCCCAGGUCACACUCCUCACACCCGCAGGGCCAAGCUCUUCCCAUGGCCAUGCCUCCAUCACCCUUACCACCCCCGCACUAUCACACACACAUGCACAUGGGUGCCUCCCCCUGUUAAGAACAGGAAGCUCCAGCAAAGGGGAAGGAGAGACACUGACUCCUCAUGAUCAUCUGUACUGUACAUUUAGACGUGGAUGCGAGUGAUGCUGAACUUGGAUUACAUGACACUUCAGAGAUGAGGUGCAGGAAGAUGUGAGGCAGCUCCAAAGGACCAUCACUGCUUCGGAGAAUGAUUUGGAAGAUUCUACAGAUACUGUGAUGCACUGAAAAUAAGGUUGAGGCAGGGGACACGGAAAUGAGUCAUAACACCUUUUCAGAAAAGCAGAGACAUGUUUCCUGGGAAGAGAGUUAAGGUUUGGUGGAGAAACAAAAGAGAUAAGAGGGAGGGAGAGAAAAGCAGGGGGGGGGGCAGGAGGCUGCGGUAUAAUACAGAGACCCUGCAGUGCUGCAGGAGAUUUGUAUGCACUUGGAAAUGUUCAAUGCGAAACGCUGAUUUUAAAUGACUGUGAAAACCCAUAGUUUUUUUACACACUAAUACACACUCUAAUAUGAACUAUUCACGUUUUUAAUGGGUGUGUGGUUGAAUAUAUUCUUCUCUGAAUUUAUUACAUCAACAAUCCAGUUUAGAAGCUCACAUGAUCAAAAUAGUGUCAUCAUAGUUAUUUUGAAAAUUACUACUUACCAGUAAACUAACUUAUGAACUGUGAAGAAUUGUACAGUUUAUUAAUAUUGUCCAUGUUUUUAAACAGAAGAAAAAGAGAGGGAAGUGGAUGACACCACAAAAAUAUCAUGAUGAGAAGUUAUGUAUUUGUUAAAGAUGCAAAUUUCCAACUUCAAAGGACCUUUGUUGUAAAUGUUGAAUGGAGCUUUGCAGCAAAUCACAUCAAGAAAAUGCCUGACUCAUCCUGCUUGGAAUGAGGAGACCGCAACAGGCGCAUCGCAACCCACAACACGCUCACUGGAUGCAGAGCAUGCUAUUUGAAUGAGGAACCCCCCCCCCACUAUAGCUGUGGGAAUCCAAUGCCCUCUACUGGCCGCCGUCCUGCACUGACUGGAGCAGCUUUGGGAAUGGCUGACUAUAAUUUAAGCACUGGUGACUGCAUCCAGAGCUGCAAAAUUAUAGUGAAGUAAAGGAAUGUCACUGGGGAUUUUCCUCGGUUGACUGGACUGCAUACCAAACAGGAUCAAAAGAUCAACUUUAUAGCUGAGUUAGGGAUAUUUAAAAAAAGCUAUGUAGCUGUUCAUAUAUCUUUAAGACUUGCGUAAUGAAAGUACUUGUAACACUUGCACUUCAUGCUUAAUCAACAUCUCCACUGUUUGACACUUAUUCUGUAACUUAUUCCAUUUAUUUAUUGUCUUUUUUAUUCGAUUCCAACAUAUUGAAAGGAAAUCCCCCUGUAAAUCAUGAUUAGGGGUUCCUUGGCUGGGAAAGGUGGCUUUGCUGGGGGUAAUGGGUGCGUACUGAUAUGUUACACAUUUUUAAGAUUCGGUAAGGUUUGAUAUCCAGCCAACCCAGCUUAAAUUGUUUGAAGCAGCAAAUGUCGGUUAGACAUGUUAACAGUGUGUUGUGCAGAAACUCCUAACUAAUUUAUUCCACGGCUCGAUUUUCCACUGCGCAUCCUUAUCAAAUAAUAAUUAUUUAAUGUUUGUUCAAUUUUUUCAAUUAUUGUAAAAAGCCUUUGUUGAUUAUUCCCAUCCAUUCUGUUGUUCAUGAAAAGUCACCUUUCUAAAUCAGCUUAAAGCAGUUUUCAAUCAUAUCACAAGAAUAAAGUUGAUAUAUUUUAGAAGAUUAAACUACAGUUUAGCUUAUAUUUAAGGAGCAAUUUCUUUUACUGUUUUCUGUCAAUAGGCUUAGUAGUUAGUAGCCUUUCUGUGUAACUUCUCUGAAAAAGAAUUCCCACUGAUACUAAUUUUGUUUUGAAUACAUUUUAACCAGACUGUGGUAUGUAGUAGACUAUAUUCCUAAUGUUGUAGAGCUUAAUCUUCAGAUAAAGAUUUUUUAGAUACCACAUAGUAUCACAAAAUACAAUGGGAUCGAGAACAAGUACACAUACAAAUAGACACAUUUUUCCUUAGAAUAUCUAUACUUACAGUUUUGUGUGAGGCACGCCAUUAGUGGUACAUCAGCAUGAUUUAUCACUCUUAAGGGAAUGAAAUCACUGUGUUGUGUACUGGCUGGUUUGAAUUAUCACUGUGAUGCUGCAGAGAGGGAAGCACAUUUUUGGUGGAGGGAUGAUAAUCAUAUGGCUUCACAGGAGAGAGUGUACACUGGGCCUGCUGCUAUAUCACUGAAUUUUGAUCUAUAUGCAGUCUGAAAACACUUCCUACCCAGAUGUUUGGUGUUUUGUUUUUGCAGUAAACUGAGCUGAAGCCCACUGCAUCCGCAGUCUGCUGCCAUUAAUUCUGCUGUUAGUUAAGGGUCAAGUGCCUUCCUCACGGGCACUUCGGCAGGAGCUGUUGAAAAAGAUCAAAGCGUUUGUCCAUCCGGCAGGCAUCUGCACGUUUUAUUUAAGGUCUUUGGAUUACUCUAUAAUCCAUCAUUACCUGUAAACCGCUUCCUCUGCAUAUAGGCUCAUUUUUUUUAGGUCCAGAACCGUUCAAUGUUUUUUCAGUGCCUCUGAAAAUAUAGCUUUUUAAAACAAAUCUUUAUCCUAAUUUAUUUUCCUCCUUCUUUCCCCAUAUCCUUUACCUUUGCCUCUCCGUAAAAGGGUGCAGCUGUGCUUGCUUCUGCAUGAAACCUAUCUCCUUUCUUAGGACCUUUUUUGUAACAACCAAAAAAUGCUCAAAUAAAUUCUUUUCAAUGCACCAUUGAGACUGCUGCUGUCUGAUAUGGAAAUACUCAUAUUUCAGUAGAAAUUGUGAAAAGAUCACUGUUCAGAAAGUUUAAGACACUUUAUAUUAAUAAAACUUUC